AAAUAAAUCUGGCAAAGACAGAGGAAAAGGAAAAAAAAUCUGAGGAAGUGUGCAAAUAAGAAAGGCGUUUAAGAAGAAUUGUCUCGCACGAUUCAAAACCCCAUAUUCUUAGUUUCUUUCACGCAACGAAUAACCCCCUUCACUCAUCCUCCCCAUCAAAAUCCUAACCUUCUGCUUUACAGAUCUCUAUCGUCCAGAAUAGAAUUUACAUUGUGGGUAUUGAAGCGUUUUUGAAGUCCAAUUCUGGGUUAUCGAGAAUUCGAAGCCUUUGUUUCUAUAAAAGGGGUUGGGAUUGGAAUACGAAGAGACCCAGAUGUGGGUUUGUUGCAGAUAUUCAUUUGGAGGAUCUCUGAUGGAAUUGGUACCUUUUCUAUGAUCUUGUGUCAAUCAAUUCGUGAGUUCUUUGGCAUUUAAUUUUGAGUUUAAUCUGAGUGGUAAUGCAGUAAAGUUAUCUGGGGAACUCAACAUUUGAUAGAUUUGGAGUCCUUUCUUUCCUCCAUGUCGGGGGGAACACCCGUAGCGGGUGGUUAUAUGAGGCAGAGGCAUAGCCAGGGAUAUGCUUCUAGUGGUGAUGAUAUUGAGGAUGAUGCAUGUUCGAGGUUUCAAGCUAUGUCGUUUCAUACUUCAAAGAGUCGGACGUGGGUUGAAGUUGUAGAGAAUGUCCUUUGGCUUGCUUCUGCUGCUUUCAUUGUAUACUAUGGCGAUAGGCAUUCCAAUAUGAUAAUUCUCUUGUGGCAUGAUGGCCGAAUAAGAAGACCUCCGUUAUACCUUGGAAUGGUGGCAAUCGGCUUGAAUAUUGUCAUAUUCAUUUACACGAGUAUGUCAGCUUGGAGUAUUAGAAGGUUUAAUGAAAAAUGGGAAGUAGCAAGCUUAUCAGUUUUACCAAUUGCAACACUUCUUGGGCUUAUCUCUUUUUGCUUGUUGUCAUUUGCUCUUUGGCCGAUAUGGGGUUUCCUGACCAUUCCUCUUCUGUUCACUUUGUUCAUGGCAUGCAUGGUUGUAUUUCCAAGUAUAAUUAUCAGGAAAUUCAGGCCUCAGAGUCCGCAGAGCGAUGUUCUUCGUACAGAUUAACUUUCGCUCGAUCCAAGUGAUGAUGCAUAGACGAAAAGAUUGAUUUUGAAGCACAGAUGAUUGGUUGAACUGGCUUGAUAUAAAAGAAGGUUCUGAUUUGGAUUGCAUGAUUCUCCAUUAGCCAACUUCCGUCUCUUCAGUCAAUUCGAAUACCGACCUUGCCAUAAUUACGCACGCUCAUGGUACAUCUGACCUUCACUAUUUUGGUAUGGCUACAACUGGAGCACCAUUCUUAUAUUGUUACAUCUUCUGUUGGCAAAGUCCAUUUACUUUGUUAUGUAGUUUAGUUGCCUCAUUUUUUUCAUUGGAAAGUAGGCGUGUGGCAUGCCUUAUUAUUCGUGUAGGUGAUUCGUUUCAUUUUAGCAUCUUCGCUCGCAACCUUAGCACAAGGAAAAGAAAGAAAACAAAAAAGUCUCAUUAGACAAUAUGUAGGACUGUAAAGUUUCGGAAAAUACUGUUUCAGUGAAGUUACUUGAAUGAAUGAUCUGCUGGGCCAUAUUUUUUUUGCUGA